AUGCCCCCUCGGUCCGGACGUAACCCACCUAUUCCGAUCUCGAACACCGGCCUCGCAGCCAUUCCUCUUGAUUCGUCGUCGAUUCCCGCACCAGAAAGCAGCCCACGACGCCCAUUCCAACCCCGUGAUGGUUCCAAAAUGAGUCCAAUAAAUGGCAGUACGCCCGCUAUCCCGUAUCGCCGGGGACACAACCGUUCAAUCAGUCACCCGUUUAUCUCCCCGUUCUCCGGACUAGGGAAGAAGCGUGAUAAAGCAUCUGCCAAGUACCAAAUCUGGGACUCUGACUCCGACGAAGAUGAAGUCACCUACCCCUUGGAGCCUUUGUCGACAAGUCCACGGAAAGGACCGUCGCGCGGAGGACCAGGCAAUGAUCUCGCCGAGGGACGUUGUCAAACUUGCAACUCGACGGUUCGAUGGCCUCGCCAUUUGAAGGUGUUUCGAUGCACUUCUUGUUUGAUGGUUACGGACCUUGACCCCGACACUGCCAGGGACGCCAAAGACCCAAGUGAUCCCAGUCUUGAUCACCCCCCACCAGGUUCCCAACCAUCGGCGACUAACUCAACAAGCAAAGUUCUUCCUCUGUCAGUCGUUCAAACUCGUGGCAUGAUCGGUGGAUCCCUUUCAAUGUAUUUUGAUAGCCUUCUCAAUACCCCUCACCCAGGGUCAUCGCCGGACGAGGAUCGUGCUGGCAGGUCCCGUGAUGCGAGGCCUGAAGGCCCCUCCUUGUCAGCUCAUAGUCCCAGUGCAACUUAUUUGUCUGUCCCACGAGCGGGCGACCCCCGUGCCCGAAGUGCAUCCGCGUCCAGUGAGCGGGAGAAAUUUGAUGCAUCGAAAGAGAACUCGGCAUAUUUGACACCACAAACUGCUCACUGGCAGGGCACAGAUACGCCGGUCAGGACCCGUGCCAAUUCAGAUGUGCAAUCAAAGUCGAAAAUGGACCGCCCUCCAGACCUCCCGCGGCAUGCGGAUACCGAGAAUAAACAUCGCGAGCAUCGGCCAUCGAUCUUCAAGCGGCUAGAGAAUCACAUAAUAGCUACCUUCAAAAGCUGCGAUUGCCUCAACGACUCCUUCAGCACCUACCAGCCUUCGAUACGAUCAGUCAGCAAUGGCAAUCCACCGAGGAUGAAGGUAGACCCAACCGCAGCGCUAGGGCCGUCCUUGAAUGCUCCCGUGUUUGAACCUGACGCGAAAACGCUUCUUCUGGGAGAUUUGGCCGAGAAUUCGGCUUGGUGGAUGAACGACUGUGCCCAGGAUGAGGGUCGACAGCCCACUCAGCCCAAGGAGAAGAGUUCACUCAGGUCUCGUAUGGUUUCAUCUCGAAGCCCUCGAAUUAAUUGGGCCGAGCUUUCUCAAUGGUACCAGCUAGUCUUGACUGCGGGAACUGCCUGGAUGGAGCAAUGGGCGGCCAAAAAGCCUGAUGCUCUGCGCUCAGAGGCGGAUAUGGCUCGAUGUAAGAGGUGGGAGUCUAUUGAUCCUUCAGUGAUUGAAAGAGAGAUCUCCGACGCUCGUGUGCAUCUCCAGAAGACUUUGUUGAAGGCCACCGAAAACCUCUUGAAGCGCCCACGGCGUGUUUUGAGCAAACCAGAGGAUACUCGGUUUCUUUUCAUCCUCUUGGCGAACCCCAUCUUGUACUCGCCUACAUCUUAUGCUUCGCUUUCAUCAAACUCAUCGUCCCACCGAAACGAGAGGCGCCCCUCAAACCCAAAAGACAACGGGCAACCGAUGGGUAGAGACGGUAAGUCUCAUAAGGACCAUUCCGCAUCUGCCUCCCACCACGGUAGCUCGAGCCACCAUUAUGGACUUAUCAAGCGAAUUUUGGGCUUGAUGUCGAAUUUGCCAAAUGACUGCCAUCAUUAUUUUGUGUCUUGGUUCUCCCGAUUCUCACCUGGACAAUUCCAGCGACUGGUGGAACUGAUUGGUGGAUUUCUCAACUACCGGUUGACCCGUCAGCAUGGUCGCAAACGCAAUCAAGUGUCAAAGGAUGGGGACGAAUUAGUCCCGAGCUUUGCCAGUGCUUCAGGAAAUACCCCUGCGGAGCUUCACGCGGCGAUCAAUCGUCGAAGUCCGAACAAGCAACCUGCCAAGAAGAAGGAAUUUCCUAUGGUGUACACAGAGGACUGGCAGAUACGAGCGGCGGCCAGGAUUAUGUCCUUACUUUUCACGGCCAACAACGCUGCAUUCUCGCGGAAGCCGGACGAGGCCUCCAGAGCCCCGAGGACAUCACAUCAUCAAGGACACAUGAUUCCAAUCAGCUCAUUCUAUAACACCCUGUUGGAUUAUUCAGACCUGCUCGCCGAUUUCGAGAUCUGGGAGUCUCGAAGUUCGAAGUUCUCGUUUUGCCAAUAUCCAUUCUUUCUCAGUAUCUGGGCAAAGAUACACAUCCUGGAACACGAUGCACGUCGCCAAAUGGAGGUCAAAGCGCGCGAAGCCUUUUUCAAUAGCAUUCUCAAUCACCGGGCGGUCAGUCAGUAUCUCGUGUUGAAGGUACGGCGAGAAUGCCUGGUCGAGGACAGCCUUCGUGGGGUCAGUGAAGUUGUGGGCUCCGGGCAAGAAGAAAUCAAGAAAGGCCUCCGCAUUGAAUUCACCGGAGAGGAGGGUAUUGAUGCUGGUGGCCUGCGAAAGGAGUGGUUCCUUCUACUCGUCCGAGAGGUCUUUGACCCGUAUCAUGGCCUUUUCAUUUACGAUGAGGACUCUCAGUUUUGCUAUUUCAAUCCGCAUUGCUUCGAGUCAUCCGAGCAGUUUUUUUUGGUUGGGGUUUUACUAGGACUUGCUAUUUAUAACUCGACUAUCCUUGACAUUGAUCUCCCGCCAUUCGCAUUCAAAAAGCUAUUGGCGUCUGCCCCGCAAACUAAUGGGCCGCAGCCAGCCACCUCCUCCCGCUCGAGCUUCAAGUGUACUCUGGACGACCUGGCCGAGUAUCGACCUGCCCUUGCCAAGGGACUUCGAGGGUUGUUGGAAUUCGAUGGUGAUGUCGCCGAAACAUUUUGCUAUGAUUUUGUUGCUCAGGUUGAUCGGUAUGGUGAGAUUGUCAAUGUUCCUCUUUGCCCAGGAGGCGAAACGAGGCCAGUGACCAAUGCCAACCGGCGCGAGUUUGUGGAUCUGUACGUGCACUAUCUCCUGGACACGGCUGUGGCCCGGCAAUUUGAGCCGUUCAAGAGAGGAUUCUUCACGGUUUGCGGAGGCAAUGCCUUGUCUUUAUUCCGACCGGAGGAGAUCGAGUUGCUGGUACGUGGCUCAGAUGAAGCACUUGAUGUGCCUUCACUGCGGGCCGUGGCCACCUACGAUAACUGGUCUAGUGCACGGCCAGAGUCCGUGCCCGUGGUGCGAUGGUUUUGGGAUUUCUUCGAGAACUCACCCCCUCAGGCGCAGCGCAAAAUCCUCUCGUUCAUUACCGGCAGCGAUCGGAUUCCCGCCAUGGGGGCUACAAGCCUCACCAUUCGACUGGCCUGCUUUGGAGAUGAUUCCUCCCGUUACCCAAUCGCGCGAACGUGUUUCAACACGCUGGGCCUGUACCGCUAUGCGACGCAGGAAAAGCUACAAAAGCUGCUCUGGGAUGCAGUUGUGAACAGCGAAGGAUUUGGGUUGAAGUGA